GAACCAGCAAACGACACUCAUGAGACCCAUUUUGCUUCAAGGCCAUACUAGAUCUUUGACACAGAUCAAAUACAACAGAGAAGGUGACUUGCUUUUCUCUGUUUCUAAAGAUAAAGUUGCCAAUGUUUGGUACUCUCAUAACGGUGAACGUCUUGGUACAUACACAGGCCAUCUCGGUUCUAUUUGGACUAUUGAUGUGAAUGCUAACUCUACUUUGCUUGUCACUGGUUCUGCUGAUAACACUUGUAAGCUUUGGGAAAUCCAAACAGGUCGUUGUUUAAAGACUUGGGAAUUCAAGACUGCUGUUAAGCGCGUUGAAUUCAGUGAAGAUAGUUCUAUGGUAUUGUGUGUUACAGAAGAACGUAUGGGUUUCUCUGGCACUGUUACUGUGUACCCUAUUAACAAUGAUAUCAAUGGCACUCAAUCCGAUACACCUAUUGUGACAAUCACCAACAAGGGCGGUAAAAAGGCUGUUGUGGCUGGUUGGACUUGUUUAGACAAGUACAUCAUCACUGGUCAUGAAGACGGUACUGUCUGUCAAUGGGAUUGGAAAGCAAACGAAAAGAUCAACUCAAUCAAGCCUCAUGAAGGUGUAUUAUCUGAUAUGCAAUUCAGCCCUGAUCGCACAUAUUUCAUCACUGCCUCUAAGGAUAAGAGUGCCAAGAUUAUUGAUUCACUUACUUUGGAUGUCAAGAAGACAUACACUGCUGAUACACCUCUUAAUUCAGCUGCUUUGACUCCUAAAUUUCAAGAAUUUGUUAUUUUGGGUGGUGGUCAAGAUGCUAUGAAUGUCACAACAACCUCUGCUAGACAAGGUAAAUUCGAAAGCAGAUUCUAUCAUAAGAUUUUAGAGGAAGAAGUUGGUCGUGUCAGAGGCCAUUUCGGUCCCAUUAACACCAUUGCUGUUCACCCUGAUGGUACAAGUUAUUCUAGUGGUGGUGAAGAUGGUUAUGUUCGUGUCCAUCAUUUUGAUCCUGAUUACUUUACAUUUAAGCUUGAGAUUUAGAGAGAAUAAAAUAGUUUUUUUUUUAUUUAUUUAA